GUCAAAAAAAUUCCGUCACAUUGAAAAAGUGCAACGAAAAAAUGAGAAAGAAAAAAGAUCACUUUGUCUUCUAGGAUCCUGUUGAAGGUUGAGAGUCAGUAUUUGGGUAUGGUAAGGGUGCUGUAGGGUGUCAAGUUAAGAUGGGUUCGUUAGCGCAGUUUGUUUGUGGUGCGGCUGUUGGAGUUGCUGUUUUUGUUGCUGUCACAAACCUUCAACGUCGAGUUCUUGUCGUCUCAAAAAAUACAAUUCCCAGCCACAGUCUCGACUCAGAGAGCUCAAAUCAAGAUGGACUAUCUCAAGAAAGAGUUCUACAUACUAUCCAGAGUGCUGCUACGCCAAUGAGACGUGUACCGGACGAGCCAAGAGCUGAAGAAAGGACGACAACCUCCCAUGGUAACGCGACAAGCGGCGAGCAACAAGAUGACGAUGGUCAAAACCUCCUCAACUUUCUCUACAACAUCGCAGAAGAUCAGGCUAAGAAAGAAGGGUAUAUUCACCGUGGUAUUACGUGUAACACCUGCCAGGCUAGUCCUAUCUGUGGGGUGCGAUAUAAGUGUGCAAACUGCGUGGAUUAUGACAUUUGUGAACGGUGUGAAACUCAGGACUGCCAUAACAAGAUCCAUGUGUUUUUAAAAAUCCCUAUUCCUAUUCCUCCUUUAGCAAACCCGAGGACUCCAUGUACUACCGUGCUCUACCCAGGCAAGAAAAGUCAUCCCUGUCAGCUAUCAUGGGAUGAGAUCCAGAGGCUUAAAAACGACACACACUUUGAUCUAAUCGAAAUUGAGGCCUUGGUUGAGCAGUUCAAGACAUUAGCGACAGAAGACGUGGGAAUAACGAGAGAGGUUUUUGACCAGUGUCUUGGUCCCCUGGGGCAGCACAAGAAUCUUGUCAUGGAGCAAAUGUUCAAGUUUUAUGAUCAAGGAGGUGAUAAUAUCAUUGAUUUAGAAGAAUUUGUUCAGGCACUCUCAAUUCUGGUCAAAGGAAGUCAACAGGAAAAGAUUCCUUUUGCUUUCAAAGGUUAUGACAUUGAGGGCAAGGGUUACAUCAACAGAGAAAAUCUUAGAAACAUGUUUAAAGCAUAUUUUAACGUAAGUCUAGAACUUGUGAGAGAUGUAGUGCGAUCCUGUGAGGAAGAGAUGAUGGCAUCUUUUGAUGAUGCUGCAGAUAAACCUGUGUCUGCUGUAUUUAAUGCCCCAAUACCAAACCAUGGUGGACCCCUAACAUCUGGCAAACCAGCACAGCAUUACCAUAACCCUGGAUCCUCAAAGCGUGGCCAAGAUGGCAUGUGGCCCGUUAUGGAAGCAAUGUCGCAGGAUGCCAUAGAUGAGAUGGUCGAGAAUGUGUUUAAACAUGCUGAUCUUGAUGAUAAUGGGGAAAUUUCUUUUGAAGAAUUCAAAGUGUGGGCCGCUAAUGAUAACACUUUGCUUGCUUGGUUUGAAGCUCUUGGAACUGUGUUUUGAUUUAGAUAAUUUUGCAGUUCUAUGCAGUAUGUCAGGAGUUAGUUUUUUUACCAUUUAGAGCAGUUUUUGUUUGAGCUAGAAUUGGUACAGUAUAGCAAAUUUUUUCAGAGGGACGCACAAUACUAUGACUAUAUCUAAUGUAUUUGUAUAAUUCUAUGCACAGGCUCUUUGCCAGAUUUGCAUCAAAAUGUGACAGCUUAAAAGUGUGCGAACACAUAGGCAGUGAUGUUUUUGGACCUCCCGCUGGAAGGUGACUGUAGCCACAUAUUUUAGUCUAACUGUUGCGACUGCAUAAUUCACAUUACAUUAUGCAUUAUAUUUGAUAUACCAUUCUUAUACAUCGUAGCCCUUAACUAAACUUGAUAUUUUAAAUUUGAAAUAUUUUUAUUAACCAAAAAUAUAUAUUUCUACUCUCAGAUGGAUUUGAAAAUUAUGAUAAUUAAAUUACUUGUUCAAAAAUGCAUAUAGUUCAAGAAAUUAUACAUAUCCAUACCUGGCCCAUGGAGGAUGAUACCAUUUCUAAGGGGGGGAGGGUAAGUAUGUUGGAUUUCCCAAGGAAAGGGAAGGAUAUUUUCCAAUUCUUGUUAAUCUCUUAGACAUUGGAACAUUAAUUCUUGUAGCCUCUGUGAGAUAAGUAUGGAUAUUUUCUGGAGCUAAUUACUUCAAAAUAUUCUGCUUGACGAAAUUAUAUGAAAAAGGAUUUUUCUACGAGAAGGUAUAAACUAUUUUGCCAUUCUAUUCUUCCUUACUAACUUAGUAUGAUAUCAAGGAAGAUUUAUAAUCCAAUGCUUACAUAUUUGUGUGAAA